AUGGGUCGACUUCUCUGGCGACGAUUUCUGAUCUCGUGUAUCCUGGUCACCAACGCCUUCGGCCUGCCUCUCUAUUCGUAUGCGGCCAUCGAAUACGAUUCAGCUCCGCCGCGAUAUCUCACUGCCCCGUUAUCCAGCACCAAUCGUUCGUACGUAUCCUACUCCCAAUCCUGGUCCUCGGUUCCAUACCAUCAACCGUCUCACCUCAACACCUCCCAUAGCCCUACCCAGACCAUCUACUACCACUCUGGACCCUGGGAUCGAGCGUAUGACGCAGUCACAAACAUCAUCGACCGAACAAAGAUCCUCAAACGCAGUGUUUUCAGUGCCAAAGUGCAACAAGAAAUUGCUCAACAUCUUCGACCCAAAGAUUGGUGGCAGAAGCUCAAGGACCUUUGGCGAAAGCUCACUGGCAGAAAGCUCAAAGUGACCACUUCUCAGUAUGAGCAGGUCAAGAUGAAGUACCGACCUGCUCGUGCUUAUCCGCAAACAAGAGUGCCAUAUAGAGCACAAGCGACUCAAAAUGGUCGCGUUCGAUCCACCUUGUCGGCAAGACCACUUGCUGGUCAACGACCAACCUUCAGUACAAGGCCAUCUAGGUUCAACCGCUAG